GUUCUCGCAGUAGUGCACGCGUUCUUGUGGUGGGCCGGGCGCUAUCGCGAGAUCUGUGUCCACACGAUCAACCUGCUCGUUGACACAGCAGCAGCAGCAGCGCCGAGCGCAGAAUGUCUCGGUCGGACUGAAAGCCAGAAGAACGGACGAGAGGAAUCGAACAUCUGACCGCACAUGAUGAUAGUAGCGCGUCGAGGUGUUUGGGUGGACUAACGAACACACACACGACGAAGAGGGCGGGAAUAAAUGUUAUGAAGGAAGAAUGGAGUUCCCAGACCAUAGCCGCCAGUUGCUGCAGUGUCUGAGUCAGCAGCGUCACCAAGGUUUCCUGUGUGACUGCACUGUUUUGGUCGGGGAGGCUCGCUUCAAGGCGCACAGAGCCGUGCUGGCCUCCUGCAGUAUGUACUUCCAUCUCUUCUACAGGGACCAGCUGGACAAAAGGGACGUUGUGCAUCUCAACAGUGACAUUGUGACAGCGCCGGCUUUUAGUCUGCUCCUUGAAUUUAUGUAUGAGGGCAAGUUGGAAUUCAGCACUCUUCCAGUGGAGGAUGUGCUGGCCGCGGCCAGUUACCUCCACAUGUACGACAUCGUCAAAGUGUGCAAAGGCAAGCUGAAAGAUAAAGACGAGGAGAAGAUGGGCGAGGCUUUUGGACUCAGCUGUCUGGACCGGGACAAUUCCGCGGACGCCGAGCUGCGCGCUGACAAGCAGCUCGGAAAGCGACGGUCUCAGGGGCUCCCCGGGUCCCCCUCCCCGACGGAACAGUUUGACACGGACAACAGUGAAGCGGGCCUCCCUGUCACCGACUGUGAAAGGUCGGCACAGAACAGGCAGAAGGCAAACGGUCACUCUGGCAGGUCCCCGGACCUUGUAGGUGUCAAUUAUGUGUCAGCGGAGGCCGAGCCCUGCGUCCAAACAGCUGGAAAAACAAAAGCUGAUGUCAGUAGUUCCACCGUAUCGCUGUCCCAGAGGUCCCGGGCUUCGGAUGACAUGGACUGCGCUCUGGAUUUGUCUUUCAAGCCUCUGUCUAGCAGAGAUCCCUUACAGCCCUCCUACAUCUCGGGACAGCUGGCCCUCGACAGCCAGCAGCAGGGCACUGAGCCACUUGUUAAAGAUGAACACGACUUGCUGUCAGAGCAGGAGGACAGUGAGCCGAUGAGCCCUGAGAGCCAGCGCUUUGGGAAUAGUGCCCGGAGCUCAGUGGUGACAGGGUUCGCUGCCCUCUUCCCAGGCAACAACGGCUCCACCGCCGCCCUCCUCUCCCAGGAGGAGGACCUGAUGGACGAAGAGGGGGAUGCCUGCGGGAGGAGGGAGGGCGCCCCCGGCAGGGAGGCAGCCGACGAGAGGAGGGGUCGGCUGCUGGGGGACAGCGAGGAGGAGGAGGAGGACGACUUGGCCUCCUCGGACAUCUCCACCUCCAGUGGCGUGCUCUUGCCGCCGGGCCAACAGGUGUGCGUGUGCCCGCUCUGCAGCAAAGUCUUCCCCAGCCCGCACGUCCUGCAGCUGCACCUCAGCUCGCACUUCCGCGAGAAGGACGGCGCCCGCUCCAAGUUGUCCCCCGACGGCUCUGUGCCCACCUGCAUGCAGUGCAACAAGACCUUCUCCUGCAUGUACACGCUCAAGCGACACGAGCGCACGCACUCCGGCGAGAAGCCGUACACCUGCGGCCAGUGCGGCAAGAGCUUCCAGUACUCGCACAACUUGAGUCGGCACGCCGUGGUCCACACGCGAGAGAAGCCUCACGCGUGCAAGUGGUGCGAGCGCCGCUUCACACAAUCCGGGGACCUGUACCGCCACAUCAGGAAGUUUCACUGCGGCCUUGUCAAAACUCUCUCCAUCAGUUAAAAUGCUGUAUUAUUUACACUCUGGCUGUCUGGAUUCUACCCCCUGUGGCAUUUCUCUUGAUGAAGAUGUAGCAAUUUAAAAAAAAAAACAAUAACUACGCUGGUUGGAUGCAGACUGGCGAACUGCAUCAGUGCAGUGUGGAAGUUGAACAAAGUAGAUGAUGCACUUGUUUGUCUUUGUGUGUUGACUUUACUAGAAGCAUCCUAAUAGAAGAUGCGAACAUUUGUUAAUACAAUCCACUUUAUUUGUGCACAGCCGAACCGUCCUUUUUUUUAACUCCUACUUUAUUAUUAUAAUUAAUAUUAUUUAUUGGGGUAUUUGUAACAUGUCAAAAUCACAAGGCAGCAAAACUAAUGAAGUUGUACUACUGGAGUAUGUUUGUUUUCUUUGUUUGGCUAAAAUAAUACAAUUAUCGUAAUUGAGUAGAAUUACUUGUCCUUUUUUAUUAUUAUGAAUGUGAAAUAACUGAAGGAAAGGCCUAAUUGCUACUUGAGAAAAAGUUGUCCUGUAACCUUGGUGCCUCUUAUUGUACUUAUUGAUGAGCGCCAUCUAUCACCAUGCCUUUUGUCAAAUCCACUCACACAUACCAGAGGAGGUAAUAGGCAGCACCGGAAUGCUAAUUGAUCCACGAGUGCCCUCACAAGAAUGUGACCCAACUAUGUAAAUUAAGCUCUUAUCAAUGACGUUGGUAUUGAUUAGCAGAGGAGUGUUACUUCCUGGCCUAGGUGGAUGCAUUGGGGAUAAUAUGAUAACGUAAUGACCACCAUAGCAUUCUGCAAAAGCUACUGACUUUUUCUUUGCCUUCUUACUGUAUAUGUUAUGUGUUACUACUGAUGAACUUGUUGGCGCCUUUAGUGGUUUAAAAAAAAAAGGUCUUUGGGCAUGAAGGAGGAUUAUUUUUGUCAAAUCUGUCCUGAGAAGACUUGAUCUGAAUUUAUUUAUUACCUUGGUUCAGGGUUUUUUUUUCCCAUAAGCUCAAACUUUGGUACUCACUAACUGGCACUGGGGCUGUUCUUUGUUUUUGUUUCUUUGUGCAAAUCAAGUUACUGUAAUUGUGUUUUAAUCAAGAAAUAUCAGUCACACAGAACCUAGAGAAGCACUUGUUUUUUUAGCAUGCAUAUAGUUUCAACACUAUUGCCUAGGCUGCUAUUACAAUUUGUAUUUUUAAUGUAAAUAUAUAUUCUAUUUGUCUGGCGUGGCGGAGGGCGCCAGGUGCCUUAUUAAAGGCUGCGGUGUUUUCUGGAAGUUUCUCGUCUCAAAGCUUGAGGAGACUGCUAAUUAGAAUCCGAGGGGUUUAAUUUCGACACAGGAAAUAGUUCAUUUUUUUCUUUUCUUUUUUACCCACAAGCCAUAGUGAUUCGGCAUAUAGAAAUGGAACAAUACAAGCUUUGUCUCACACACAAGUCUCAGGUAGUUCUCAAGGGAUCAUUGUGUAUCUCUCGCCGAGCUACUGGGGAUGUGGGGAUGUGGGGGGGGGUGCACGUUUCUGUUGGCGCUUUGCUGUAUUGAAUGGAGCCAUUGGAAUGUGAGAAAUGUAUUUAGGCGAAGGGAAACCAAGGAGACUGUAAACAGGUGUAUUGUUUGGCGGCAUCAAAGUCCUACACCCCCCCACCCACCCCACGCCCCUUCAAACUCCCACAGCAAGCAGUAGAUAAAUGCUUCAUUGUUCUACACAGAGGAGAGGCCGUUGAGGUUUGAUUGUACACCUGUAAAGAGAUUAGAAGAAUGAUCAUCCUGCCAAUAAAACGGGCAAAUAAACAUCUGGAGAAAUUGUGCUUCAUCACCCCUUCUUCUUUGACAAUGGUUUGUCAGAGUGGAACCACUUUAGUCAUGUGGCGUUCCUAUUUCAUGACGUACACAGGCAGGAAUAUGCUGUAGGUCCUCUUGAUUCUUGAAUGUGUACAGAAGCAGAGAAACUAACACGUUUUUUUUUUGAGUAAAAGAUGAGCGGUUAUUUCAAACUCCAGGAUGUUCACCGAGCGUGCCUUUGUCGACACACACACACACACACACAGGUGUUGCAUCUGGAGGAGUCCCUCGCUCCACGACAACGUGCUUCUUUUCCUAACAUAUCACAAGUUUGUUUGCUGCUUUGUGUGAGGUUACUGUUUUGUUAAGUUUUUGUUUUUUAAAAGGGGGGUGGGAGGGACUCUUUAACCAUUUCAUUGUGUGAAUAAAUGGAUUAAUAGAGGACAAGCGUUUGUGUGUGUGUUGGGUUCCAUGAGCUCACUGUUGAAUAUGAACUGCUGAGAUUCUCAUUGUCUUUUGAAACAAAACUCUUGGUCAAAGGCAGCGUUUGCCUAAGUCAUGCUGUAUGAUCUUUUCAGUCGGAAAAUGACUUCAUUAACACUGGAAUGUUGUCUCCUGCAGGUCCCAACUGUGAAAUUGUGUAUAAUCACAAGAACUAUUUAUUAUUACGUCUGCUUCUCUAGCAGCAUCUGAUUUUUUUGAUUAGGUUAUGACGUUUAAAUGUCACAUGAAAAUCAAACUGUAGAAGUGCCAUUAGAAUUUAAUAUAAUGUCUUUUUUAAUAAGAAAGGUAUAUUUUAUAGUAAUUGCUUCAGUGUUAGUGGCGUAGAGAUUAGUUGACAAUCUUUGCUUAGAUAUGGAAGCAAUUCACUUGUUUUGAUUUAUUGUACUGUGCAUUUUAAUUGUUUGACUUGUGUGAGUGUGUGCGGAGGCGUGUGUGCUGUGGAAAUGUGACAAUCUGGAUUUAGGUCUUUAUUGAGAUUAUGCAUAGAAUUAAAUGGAACAACUCUGUG